AUGGCGGGACACGAAAUAUCCAAACUCUAUGUUCCAUUGACGUGUCAUGGCCAUUCACGACCAGUUACCCAUCUGAGUUUUUCCGACUGGGCUGAUGAUGGUGACAUCUAUUAUCUGAUCUCUGCUUGCAAAGACAACCAACCUAUGCUUCGAGAUGGCGUUACUGGUGAUUGGAUUGGCACCUUCUUUGGACACAAGGGUGCCAUUUACCAAGCACGACUUUCUACAGAUGCCAACAUUGCUGCAAGCGCCUCUGCCGACUUUACUACAAGAGUAUGGGACACCCAUAGCGGCGAAACUCUUUGCACUCUGCAACAUAACCAUACUGUCCGAGCUAUCGCAUUCCCACCUACACAUAACACCCUCAUUGCAACUGGAGGAAUGGAGAAGAAACUUCGCAUCUUCGACUUUUCCAGAUUCGAUCCCAAUGCCCCUAAUCCCGCGGCGAAUGGAACAAAUGGCGCCAGUGAGCCAACGAUGAUGGCAGAGGAAGGAUUCGAGAUUGGCGCAGGAGUUCAUCAGGGUUGUAUCAAGGCUAUUGUCUGGACUCGGGACCCAAACAUCCUCGUUACCGUUGCCGACGACAAGAAAAUUCGCUGGUGGGAUCUAGGAAAUCAAGGCGCUAUUUUGCAGGAGAAAGAAGUCCAAGGCGACAUCGGGUCUUGCGAGUUUACAACUAUGAAGCCGGAGCCGAAUGAUAUUGGCAAUGGUUUCCCAGUUCUUUGCAUCGCUGCCGGCAAGUCUGUAUACUUUUACGGAGGGGAGAAAGCCACCCAGCUGAUCAAGACGGUCAAUCUGCCGUAUGACGUCGCGAGUGUUGCGCUCCAUCCCUGCCAGAGGAAGUUUGUUACCGGUGGGUUGAAGGAUACAUGGGCCAAGGUGUACAAUUUUGACACCGAGGAGGAAUUAGAUGUACACAAAGGUCAUCACGGUCCUAUCUGGAGUGUCGCCUUCUCUCCUGACGGCAAGCUCUACGCCACCGGUAGCGAGGACGGAACCAUCAAGAUGUGGAAGAAUUGCCGUGGCCCAUACGGAUUGUGGAAAGCAGACCGCGAGUAG